AAGCUGAAGAAGCGUCAGUGACGCGCGAGCGUGGAAAGUGAAUGAAGCAACUGACGGCUGAGACGUGACGCGCGAGGAUCACAGCUCGUCCGAAAAAUGUGGCCGCUCGCGCUCGUGACAACCUUGGCAUUGAGUGGCGCCGUGGCGGAGACAGUGAAUCUACGCCAAGACGACACGCAAUACAGUUUCGCGGUCGACUACGACAACAAUCAGUUCCUGCUGGACGGGAAACCCUUCCGCUACGUUUCCGGUAGUUUCCAUUACUUCCGCGCUCCCAGGCAGUACUGGAGGGACCGUCUAAGAAAAAUGAGGGCCGCGGGACUCAACGCAGUCUCCACCUACGUCGAAUGGAGCCUUCACGAGCCAGAACGAGGCCAGUUUAAUUGGUCCGGUGACGCGGAUAUAGUAGAAUUCUUAAGCAUCGCCGAGCAGGAAGAUCUGCUCGUAUUGUUGCGGCCGGGGCCUUACAUCUGCGCGGAAAGGGACUUGGGUGGUUUGCCGUACUGGAUGCUUCGGGACGCGCCGGAUAUAAAAUUGCGCACGAAGGACGCACAUUUCGUGGGGAGCGCUGCGCUUUACUUGACUAAACUGCUAGACAAGAUAGAGCCAUUUCUCCGAGGCAACGGAGGACCUAUCAUCAUGGUUCAGGUGGAGAACGAGUACGGGAGCUUCAACGCCUGCAACGCGGAGUACCUGAGGAUCCUGAAGAGGCUCUUCCUCGACAAGAUCGGCGACAAAGCUCUUCUGUACACGACCGACGGCACGUCCGAGUCGAUGCUUCGUUGCGGCACUGUACCAGGCGUAUUCGCCACCGUCGACUUCGGCUCGGGUGGCAACGUCACCAAGGCUUUCGAGCCUUUGCGAGCCAAGCAGCCGAAAGGUCCGCUGGUGAACUCCGAGUUCUAUCCGGGAUGGCUGACGCACUGGGGAGAAUCCUUUCAGAGGGUGAAGACCGGAGUCGUCGUGCAGACGUUGAAGGAUAUGCUCGACAUAGGCGCCUCCGUCAACAUCUACAUGUUCUUCGGCGGCACGAACUUUGGUCUCACUUCCGGCGCUAACGGCGGUUACAAUGAGUUUAAGCCGCAGAUAACUUCUUACGAUUACGACGCUCCUUUGAGCGAGGCCGGAGAUCCGACGGACAAGUACUUCGCUAUAAGAAACGCCAUCGGCCAGUACUUGCCGUUGCCCAAUAUAUCUCAACCAGCCGCGUCUCCGAAAGGCAACUACGGCCCGGUGCUGUUGGAACCGAUCUCGAAGCUGCUCGACGACGACGACGACGACGACGAUCUGUUCGUCAUGAGCCGCUCGACCGCCGACUUCCCCAAGACCUUCGAGGCGCUGUCCGUCGACCAGGGUCUCGUGCUCUACGAGGCGAAACUCCCGUCCUCCAUCCCGGACGAGUACACCUUGAACGCGAAGAUCAAGGAUAGGGGGCUGGUGUACGUGAACAAGCAAUUGUACGGCGUUCUCAGCCGCACGGACAAGAAGUUUACGCUGCCGCUGAAGAAGUCUUACGGCGAUCACCUGCGUAUACUGGUGGAGAACCAAGGACGCUUGAAUUACGGCAACGAACUUCGGGACUUCAAGGGUGUGUCGGAUGUAACUAUCGACGGGAUCGAAGUGAUAUCAUGGAACAUGACGGGCUACAGCUUCCCCGACGUGUCCAUUCUUCGGGGUAAGGAGAGCAUAUCGACAGAUGAUGCAGACAACGGGACUCUGAAGAGCAGCCCAUUAUUCCUGCGCGGACGCUUCUCGGUCGCGGGACAGCCGUUGGACACGUUCCUGGAUACUACCGGCUGGGGGAAAGGAAUGGCCUUUGUGAACGGCCACAACCUCGGCAGGUACUGGCCGUCAGUCGGCCCGCAGAUCACCCUGUAUGUGCCGGCACCGUACCUGCGUCCGGGGGACAACGAGCUGAUCGUGCUGGAAUUCGAACAUGUGUCCCCGACGAGGAAAAUGAAGUUCCAGUCUGUACCGAACUUCGGUUGAACCGCUUAGGUUCCCGAAUUUGCGCGCGCAAUCUCGGUGACAGGACUGAACACGAACGCGCAGACGGAGAGCCCCCCAGUCAGCGCGCCAAUAUAUAUAACGCGUCAGUGUAUGUAACAAUUGUGAAUUCUGAAAUUAUACCUCAUGCAACGUGAAAGUUGA